AUGGAGUCCCUUCGUCAGCAGUCUACAAAACGGUGUGCCGAAGACGGAUGCGAUUCCAGUGCUCUCAAUGGGACUCUUUGCCUACGCCAUCAAGCAGAAAGGAGGAUUGCUCGAGGCAGUGCUGCGCAUCUUGCUGCCGGCUCAUCUGGACGCGCGCCUUCAAGGCCCUCAGUGGUGCAGAACCCAUCGCAGAACGUAGGGCGAGUUAGUCAUGACGACCAGUCGAGAAGCAGCCAGUCCCAUUCACGUGGCAGGGAUUUUCGAGACGAACCAGCACACGCUUUCCAGGGCGCCCAUGCCACAGUCAGAAGGACGAAUCUGCCGCCCGAUCUCAUGGGAAAACUGGCAAUGACAGCUAGAAAGACAGCUGGGGCAAAAGCUCCUCCUAAGAAGCGCAUGGAAGAAGAGACUCAUCCAAGGUUCCACACUACUUCUGCGCAAACUCACACUCCUGAGUCUGUCUCACCAAUUAACCAUGAAACUCUCCCUCCUGGCACGUUCAAUCCUUUUCGGCCACUUCUUAAUCAAGUGCACUCGCCAUCACAAGACCAGACGAAGCGAUUAUCCAGCAGUACCGAUACAAACCAGCGCAUAUCGCAGACGUCUGCAACCGUCGAACAGGUGCAACCAAGGGGAAAUAAGACAUGGGGAUACAACUCGGCACGGGCUUCUUCAGGGGGAUAUCGACCAGGUCAAAGCUCUCGAGCAUCUCAAGUGUCCGCGAUGAUGCCAGGCACUAAGAAUGCGUCGCAUGCCGCUCGCGAUUCGAGCACUCGGCCGGAUGCCGAAAGCAACAGAAGUCAACUUGGAGGAAGGACUUCCAUUGCACCUUCGGCAUCUACGCUAUCUGGGAACAGAAGCUUCGAUUCGCUGCCUCACGUCAGUACCAAGAGUCUGCCGCCAAUGCAUGUGAAAUCGGCGCCAUCGGCAUUACGAUCAGCUUCAACAAGCAGAUUCACGUCUUCGGCCGGCAAGCGUAGAAGGCUUGACAGUACUGACACAACAUCCGAGUCAUCGUCGUCAUUCAGCUCUUCUGAUGAAGAUCUUGAUGACGAUGAUGACGAGAUCGAUGAUAGGGCUCCAGAGCAGGCAAAGGUAGUCAUUGGGCAUCCCCAUUCGUCCACUUACCUUGGAGCCCCAGCAACUUUGAAUGCUUCACAGUCCACAUCUUCUUUGGGACUUCCUGGCGCCAAUCUCGAGGCGUCACGUUCACGUUCUUCGAGAAAUGAGGAUACCACUCGCCUGGGCGCCGUGUUUAGGCCUAUUGUGCUCAGCUCUUCCUCUGACGAGGACGAAGAUGGUAGACGGGAGAAAGAUGGGAGAAUACGGCAGCCAAAACUUGCCAACGGGCAGAGUCAUAAUCACGUCCUUUUGCCGAAUGGCACACUUCGACAAGGCUCGACACUAGGGAGGGCCGACCCACAGAAUCGCUACCAACAGGAUUCGAAGUCCAGUUCUUCCCGCAAAACGAAGAGACUGACCUGUGAAGAGCGUCGACUCCAGCUUUGCGCCGACUUUGAAUUCACCAAGUUCGACGCCAUGAUAUAUAGCCAACCCGGCGCCACGAGACCUCCUCUGGGGGUGUAUACUCUGGCUGCGACAAUAGAGACCUCGAAAGGAGCCUCGACACCUGGUGCAGAUGACGGCCGCUUUCAUAUGAAGCUUGACCCUCGCAUCCACUGGCCACAUAAUCGCAGCGACCAGUGGUACAAGUCGAAGAUGGAGGAAAUUAAAGCCCGAGGUGGCCGCAAGGCGAACUUCGGCAAAGCAGCCAAGCGUAUGCGACAGCAGCGCUUGGCAGAAGAGCGCCAGGAAGAGGAAGACAAUUUGGCCUCCGCGAGGGGCGAGCCACGGCCGUGGUCCCACCAUAGACACAUGGACUUCGGCGAUGUCCCUGAAGAGGAGUUGCCAAUCUAUGUCCGCAGGAACGAGGAGUGGGUGCGGGGAGCGGCCUGGAUGCGCAAGAUACAUGAAGAGAGUCAGCGGAGGGAUGCUCGUCGUGCCGCUGAGCUCUUCAAGGAGCAUCUCGCCUCAAAUGGUCGAUAA